CAUAGCACCACGACAAGAGCAGGAAUCCAUUUAUACUUGCGUUUUAACGCCAACAUGAAACAAAGAGUGUAAAGAGAGAGAGAGAGAGAGAUGGCCAUGGCCACGAAUUCAGUUUCUUCCUUCGCCAUCUUUUUCAUCCUCUUUCUAGUUAUCAUUGAAGUGCCGGAGACAAAAGCGCAGGAUAAAAAAUGUCUUCAAGAAUAUGGCGGCAACGUGGGUUUCCGCUUCUGUGCGCCUCUGAUAUAUCCGUCUUUCUGUUAUCAGAGAUGCCGUUCGAACAAGGGCGCGAAAGGUGGAAGAUGCCGUUCAGGAGAGGCCGGACCUGGUAGUAUGAAAUGCUUAUGCGAUUUCUGCAGCGACAAGCCUUAGUCCUAGCAGACGCAGACACCUUGUUUUUGUUUGAAUCUUGAAUGUCACGGUUUGUGUAAUAAUAUAAAAGCAAAUGGUUCAAGUAGUAAUGUAGUAUAAUUAAUAAAUAAGUGAACUAAAGAGAUGUACGAACAAUUUUGUUUUCUGGCU